CUAUCAAAAAGUUUUAAAGCGAAUUAAUUGCUAGUGCUAUCAGAAUGAUAUAAUAAAAUAUUAAUAAUAAUUAAAUUUAUAUAACUAUUAGAUAUGGAGAUAGAUAUUCAUUAAUUUAAUUUGGUUUAAAAUAGUUUAUUCUAGACUUUAUCUUGUUCGAAAUUUAAAAUGCUUGCGGCGAAAUUGUUGUGGGUUAUUAUUGUUUUGCUGAGGCUAUGGUUCGGUGCUGGUGACUUGUGCUACGCAAGCGCAACUCUGCAGUCAUUUCAAGAUCUUCUCCCGGAUGAUCCACGGCUGUACGACAAGAUGAGACCUCCCAAGAAAGAUGAUCAGCCGACCAUCGUCAACUUCCACGUCACUGUCAUGGGCCUUGACUCCAUUGAUGAGAACUCUAUGACAUACGCAGCGGAUAUAUUUUUUGCUCAAACUUGGAAGGAUUUUCGUCUAAGGCUCCCAGAGAAUAUGACAACAGAAUAUCGACUCCUAGAAGUAGACUGGUUGAAACACAUGUGGCGCCCCGACUCCUUCUUCAAGAACGCAAAGUCCGUCACCUUCCAGACAAUGACGAUUCCGAACCAUUACGUUUGGCUGUACAAGGACAAGACUAUACUCUACAUGGUGAAGCUAACUCUGAAGCUGUCGUGUGCGAUGAACUUCCUGAUCUACCCUCAUGAUACACAGGAGUGCAAACUGCAGAUGGAGAGCUUAUCGCAUACAACGGAUGACAUGAUCUUCCAAUGGGAUCCAGAAGUACCUCUGGUCGUGGACGAAAACAUUGAACUGCCGCAGCUGGAGUUAGUUCAAAAUAGAACUGCAGAUUGUACCCAGGUUUAUUCUACUGGAAACUUCACCUGUCUAGAAGUAAUAUUCAAACUGAAGCGACGUCUCGGGUACCAUCUGUUCAAUACAUACAUACCGACAUGUCUCAUCGUUAUAAUGUCAUGGGUGUCAUUCUGGAUAAAGCCGGACGCUGCUCCAGCCAGGGUCACUCUGGGAGUCACCUCGCUACUCACCCUGUCGACACAGCACGGGAAAGUCCAGUCGCAGCUUCCGCCUGUCUCCUAUCUGAAAGCAGUGGAUGCUUUUAUGUCUGUCUGUACAUUGUUCGUGUUUAUGGCGUUAAUGGAGUAUUGUCUGGUGAACAUCGUACUCGAUGACGCGGGACGAAAGCCUAAGGAACCAGCCGACGCUGCCAGAGCCAAGGCCCGCGCCAUCAACAUCGACAGAUUUUCCCGUGUCUUCUUUCCAUUUCUGUUUUCUGUUCUAAAUGCCACAUAUUGGAUCCAAUUCGCUCAAUACAUAUGAUUUAAUAGGCAGUGUAUUACAAAAUUUGUAUGUUUAAUUUUCUCAAAAAGUGGUACCUAAUAAGUUUCUGCUACAAAUACCUAGAUAUUAUAUUUAUAGCUAAAUGAGAUGUGUUCAUGCUGUAUUACGCGUAUUUACUACAAUUCACGAAUCACACUCAAGCAAAUUAUAUUAUAUUGAAGGAAAAUGUCAAUGUUUCUGAAGAUUUUUUUGAAUUGAUCGAAGCCAAUGACAUUCUGUACUUCGUAUAACUACACAAAUCAUGUCGUAUAGAAACAAAGCUGAAAUAUGGAAACUGCCACAAAUUACACCAUAAAAAGCUUCGACUGCUACAUCUAUACAUUGCCGCAUUUACUCCUAUUGCUUAAAAUUUUCGUGGUCAAUAAGCAGCAAUGCAAAACAUUUAGUCAGUUUAGGUUCCGUGUGUUGAAUUUUUAUUUAAUUGUUUAAAACCCGAUUAGGACAGUGAGAGUUGACACACGACUAAAGUUUAAGCACACUUUUGCCGUUCUGCUAUUUGUAUAGAACGUCAUUGAUCGAAGCACGACAUACGUGGGCGAUACUGAAUGUUUCUGGAGCGGUUAUUCGUAAUACAAUAAUUUAAAAAACAAUUACGGGAUUUGAAAAUGGAACUCUGCGAGUAUAUACUAAGGCCAGCGAGACGAGAUAAAGAAUGUAAACAAACUCCCAUUCCCCGUGUAAUCGUAAGUACGUGCGGUGGCCUCUACUCAGUAGGCCAGCAAGUAGGGACUCACGAGCGAACAGUGAUACACGCGCGACCUUGCCUACGUCACAGAUCCGACCGAUAUUUUAAAAAUGGUGAAACAUAAAUAAAGCAAAACAUAUGAAAGUUCAUUGCGAUUCACAUUGCAUUUUUUAAGCUUCAUAAAGACGCUGAAACAAUCUAAUUUAAAGUGAUUAUUAUCAUAAUUAAAUUACCAUUCAUGAUAGCUGCCUAUUUAUUUACUAUAUACUAUGUAGGUUUGACUAUGUCGUGGUCUUCCAACGCAUACAUAACUGUCUGCAACUAAUGUAGGUUUGACAACGAAAUAAUAUUGAUUUAAAAUUACGAUUACAUACCUAUUUAUAGUAUAGAAAAAACUGAGCUAUUUUAACAAGAUGACCUUAUCCUAGGUAGGUACAGUUAUAAGUAAAGAAUUCAACCCUAAUGUCAUCAGAAUACGUCAGAGUCACGCGAUAGAAAUAAUGUAGGUAAGUGAUGGGUUAGAAGCGCUGUGCGAUCUGAAUUGCACAUUAUUGUAUGACUUGCGGUCAUAUUUAUUUAAUUGAUUUUGCGGAGUGAGACUUCAUUACUUUUUACUAUUAUUUUAUAUUACAUUUACAUUGCGACACCGAGCGAUUAUUAUAUCUGCCCUAUCAGUCGUAAUAAUGGCCUCAGUGGUCGACGACAGCUGACGUUGCGUUUUUCGUGGUACACGACAGCUGUCAAAACCGCAGCUGUCAACAUUUGGGCGCCAUUUUGUAAACAUGUUUGUUCCUGUUGUAAUUGUUAGUUUCCGUAUUUACUUAUUAUUAUUAAUCUGUGACUGUUUAUUUUUGCUGUUAUAGUGAGAAGUUGUUGAUUUUGUUUGUCAGCUCUAGAAUAUAUCAAUUCUUUUCAAUAUUCAAAGAUAUUGAUUCACUAAAACGGGUUAUAAAUUAUGUAUGUAAAUAGGAUGUAAGUACUUACCUUUUAUCAUUGUGUUGGUGCAUUUAAUAAAAAAGUAAUUAUUGUUAUUGUUAAUUAAAUAUAUUAAAGAGAGUUUACGUUUAUUUAAGUUCCUAUCAGAAAUAGAUAUUUAUUAUUAUUUAUUAAUAAAUAUCAGUAAUAAAUAUUAUUAAGAAUUAUAUUUAAUAAAAAUACUACCAAUCCGAUGCUUUACUUUUAUGAAUAAAAAUAGAACAGUGGUGCUUAAAAUACAGUCAUACAAAAUAGGUACUACUAACCAACAAUAAAAUAAAAAUAGUAGGUUUAUUAAGAGCGCGCAUCUCGUGACUCAAAAGCGUCGUUAUCGGGACACAUUUUGACAUUGACUAAUGUUUGAUUACAGUUACGCAAAAUAUCAUAUCAACAUGUCAGAUUUGUACCUACGCUGUUUUCAGUUGUUUAGUGAGUAGGUAGUAUAUAAUAUCUAAAUGUAUCUUAAUGGUAAUAUUAUUGCCUCGGCUGAGCCUAGCGCAGGGAAUACAGGAAAGGAAAAAAAGGAAUUCUUGACAUUAAUAAUUAAUUCAAAAUGUAACCCAAUUUAUAACAUAGUACCUAAUAUAAAGUAUUGCUAGAUAUAGAUGCACUUUUGCUUCCUAAUUAUUGUGAGAUACCUUAGAAAUAGAUAAUAAUUAUAUCUACCGUCAUUUAUUAGUUGUUAUAUAAUAAAACUUAAUUUAUUUUCAA